AUGAGAUGCACGGACACAAGCUGCUUCACUGGAGAGAUUGAUUCUGCCUGCUUCCGCCGGAGCAUCCGCUUAGAAGCGACUCGCCGUGCCCUCAGGGAACAGUAUGGAUACCGGAGGCAGGUGCUGGUCUGGGUGUGCUCUUUUUCAGAAGUGGUGGCCUCGGCCGCGGUGCCCGCGGUACACUUGGUGACCACUCCGUAUGUCACCCUGGGUGUUUUGCUCUUGAUGUUUCUGCUCUCCUCUUGGCGAGCUGGCAGUGUCUUGGACGUGGUGUUGCAGCCAGCGCACUUAUUGCGCCCCAAGAAAUACUCCAGGUUUGGUUUGGGUGAGAGACAGCAGUCCGGCUGCACCUUCUUUGCUCUGUCCAUCGUGAUUCGCUUGGCUUCGGCUGCGACCCUUGGAUUGAUUUUCGCACAUUUCAGCUUCAACGCGGAUUUUUGGUGGUGUUCGGACUUCACCGAACCCUCCACAUGGCACAAGUAUCAACAAACCGAGUUGCAGUCAGAUCUGGAUCUUUGUAGAAGAGGUCGUUUUGCCAGCCCUUGGUGUGAAACCCUUCAGCACUUUCAUCGCCGUUGUCACGAUCCAGUCCGCUGGUCCUCGCGGCUGCGCAGCUGGGCCGCUUCCAGCGAGCUGGGCGACCUGGAGUGCAACGGAAGCCAGACGAACGCGACGAACGCGGAUCCAUUGGAUCUGGAGAACUUUUCGGCGAUGCAGGAGCACUUGCAGGACUUGCAUGGCUCCUAUUGCGAGACCAAGACUGGCAAAGAGAUCAGUUGUGACGAUGAGUCCCUUGAAACGGUGGUGGUGUGGACCGAUAAUGCUGAGAUGGCCCUAAGCCAGAUCUGUGCCUUGUGGCCGAGCCAGGUGCUGAUUCCUUACCAUUGCGAGAUCUUCUUCUAUGACACGGAUCACUGCACGGGAACGACCUCCACAACCAAUCUCCUCCGCUUCGAUCGGCUCAUGGCGGAGUCCUGCGAGCCGCACGCGUGCGCGCACGCGACGCCGCAGUGGCUGCAGGAGAUCUCGACCUAUGCGGAGCUGCUGUGGUUCUGUGAAUGCACCUCCUGCAGACCAUGGUGGAGGUCAAACACGUGCAUCUUGGAUGCGGUGGAUAGCUCCAUGCGGCGCCGGGCAAAAAUGAACACUCCCGGCGACAGCUUCGAGUUCCAGACCAUGAUCUCCGACCCGCUCUUCGUGGUGCAAAUGAUGUUUGUGUUCUUGAUGGUCUUGGGCCCUCUGAUGUAUGUGCUGACCUUGUUGAUCUUCUGCUACGUUGGGAGUCCCUGGAACAUGCCGGCGAACCUGGAGCUUCAGCGCAUCAUUUCGGCGAAAGAGAUCGUGAUUCAGAAAGAGCUCCUUGCAACUGGGUGGACCAAGAGAUGA